AUGUCUGCUGUCGCUCGCUCCUCCUUGACCCGUACGGUCCGUCUGGCUUCGGUGCCUCGAGCCCAGCCCGCUGUCCGAAUUGGAGGACGUCGAUUCGCUUCGACCGUCCCCGUAAGCCCUGCAGCUGCUCUUUUCUUGGGUUGAUCUAUCAGUAUUUACUCGCCAAUUAAUUCCCCCUCAUUGAUGACAGGGAGCUCAACCCGCCCAGCCUUCUCCUUCGUCCCACCUGGCCUCGGGAGCUGCCGGUGGUUUGCUCGUUUUGGGAGCCAUGUGAGUUUUCGCAACUCUUGCGGAAUUUACCGCGUGAAAGGGGCCUAUAGCUCAUCAAUAUUUUAAUAUAUUUUUUUCUCGAAAGCUACGGCUACUACCAUUACUCUGGCACUGCCAAGGUUAUCAACACCGCGCGCGACACCAUCAACGCCGCCGCUUCGGCCAAGGACAAGGUCGUCAGCGCCGCCCCCUCGCCUAGUCAAGCCCUUGGUCUCUUGCGCUCGCUCGCCAAAUCCUACGGCGCUACUGUCCCCGGAGCUGGUGGUGCGAUCGACGCUUCGUUCGAUCAAUUGGAAAAGCUUGCCGAUGAGCACGGCGAAAAGGUGACCGAAGUCAUCAAGCAAACCUAUGACGACGUCGUCAAGACGACCAACAGCGGCAAGAAUGCUGGUGAAGCGAUCGCCAACGCCCUCAGCGAGAGUCUGACCAAAAUUCAAGACCUCGUCGGAGCUGAAGGGGGCAAGGUGUGGGCGGGUUUGGCCGCCAAGUUCCCUGACCUCGGCAAGGCGCUCGGUGGUCAAGCCGAGGAGUUCCAGAAACUCGCGGCUGAGCACGGCCCGGACGCGCAGAAGCUCGCAACCGACACUUAUAACGAGGCGUCCAAGAUUGUUGCCACCGGUGGUCUCAACGCCAAGACCCUCGACGCCGUCAAAAAGCUCCUCGCUGACAAGACGCAGGAAAUCACCGCCCUCGGCCAGCGAGCUGGAAGUGAUGCCUACGCAGCCAGUGCUAAGGCUGCAUCUCCUGUGAGUCGGCUCUCUACCUUCGAUUUUGGGCCGCGAGUGCGCAGUACUGACGCCGCAUUGCUACUUUGUCCCGACUAUCAGCUGCUUGACAAGCUUCCCGACGUCAAGAGUCUCCUUGAAGACAAUCUCAAAAAGGUAGAGCAGUACAUCGGCAAGGAGAACGUCGGCGUUGUGAAGGACCUGUACGCCGAUCUCGAGAAAAUCUCCAAGAACGGCAAGUCGCUCGAGGAGCAAGCCAAGGAGGCGAAGAAACUUGUUGAAUCCCGCGUCGGCUCUUUCGAUGAACUCAAGACGAAGGGUCUCAGCCAAGCCCAGCAAGGUCUCGAGAACAUCCCCGGAUUGGGGGAAGCUGCCAAGGUGAGCUGGCUGCAAGGCCCUCGACGACAGGGGGUUUGAGACCAUGGUAGCUGACCUGGGCAUGUGACGCGUCUGAACUCGCAGCUCUACAACAGCGCCGAUCUUGCCGAGUUAAAGAAGCUCGCGGAGAAGCAUGGAGAAAAGAGCAAGGACAUUCUUGACUCGACUUACGAGGAGAUCAAGAAGAUCCUGGCCAAGAAGGUCGAAGAGGCGAGGAAAGUGGGUGAACAAGCGACGAACGACGCCAAGAAGGCAGCUAAGUGA